AUGUCCAGAACUGAUGGGAUUCUCUUGACAUGGCAGAAGAAAAAGGAGAAAUGGUCUGCCAAUCAUGCCUGCCAGGAGAAAGCACACCAGGAGGCAGUCCAGAUCGUGAAUGUUCUUCAUGAGAGUAUUUGGUGCAAGGAGACAAUGAGAGAGUUCAUUUUUGGGACACAGAACUUGUCUCAAUUCCAGAGGAAGGAUGCCCCAAACCUCAAAAAUGUUGCUGUGCACCUGACAAAGCUUGACUGGCAAGAGAAAGGUCAGGAGUUUGACUUACAUGCAGUGAAGCUGGAGUGGGAGUUGUGUCUGGCAGGGCUCCAGCAAGACAGAAAUGCUGCCAAAUCUGGAAGGGAAUGGUUGCAAGCCCAUCAUGAUGCAGAGGUGCACCAAAUGUGGGUCUCCAGAAAGUCACGGGAAGGAGAUCAGACUGUGACUACAUUGGCUUUGCAGCAGGAGGCACAUGCAUUCAACAUCCAGACCCAAGGUCACAUCUUCGGGUUUACCAUCAAAGGGAUGCCUCUGGACUAUGGUGCAGCACAAUUCUUUGGAGAUGAUGUUGGGGAAGCCUUUCUCUGUCAGGUUCUUGGGAAGUCUGGAGAGGAGUUGGCAAAAGAAUUUGAGAUCUUUGCCAUUCAUGGCUCUCAAGGUGUGAUGCUGAUCUAUAAGUUGUUUUUGGUCAUCUGGUCCUGA